GCAUUAGUCACCCGGCCGCCGCCGCCGGUGCGCACCGCUCCGCCCGCGCGCGCCCCUCCUUGCCGGCUCUGCCCCGCGCCCGCCCGGCUCCCUAUGGGCAGAGCUGCCAGGCCGCUGCUGGAGCCCAGCGAGCGCCGCGCCGGAGUCGGGGAGUCGGGAGCCUGACCUUGCGGAGCGCCCUGCCGCCCCCCCACCCGGCCCAGGCACAGGCACAGGCACAGGCGUCGGGGCAGUGGCAACAUGGCCUUCUCCCAGGUGCAGUGUCUGGACGACAGCCACGUCAACUGGCGCUCCAGUGAGUCCAAGCCCGAGUUCUUCUACAGCGAGGAGCAGCGGCUGGCCCUGGAGGCCCUGGUGGCGCGCGGCAGGGAGGCUUUCUACGAGGUGCUCAAGCGGGAGAACAUUCGGGAUUUCCUAUCGGAGCUGGAACUCAAGCGCAUCCUGGAGACCAUUGAGGUGUACGACCCAGGCUCUGAGGACCUGAGGGGCGACGUCCCGUCGCGGGGCCCUGAGGACGAUGGCGUUGGUGACAGCGAGGAGGCCAGCAGGGCAGGUGGGGACGCCACCCAGGCUGAGCCGCCGCCCUCUCUGGAGUACUGGCCCCAGAAGUCCGACCGAUCCAUCCCACAGCUGGACCUGGGCUGGCCCGACACCAUUGCCUACCGUGGGGUCACCCGGGCCAGUGUCUACAUGCAGCCCCCCAUCGAUGGGCAGGCUCACAUCAAGGAGGUGGUGCGGAAGAUGAUCAGCCAGGCCCAGAAGGUGAUCGCCGUGGUCAUGGACAUGUUCACCGAUGUGGACAUCUUCAAGGACCUGCUGGAUGCCGGCUUCAAGAGGAAGGUCGCCGUGUACAUCAUCGUGGACGAGAGUAACGUCAAGUACUUCCUGCACAUGUGUGAGCGGGCCCGCAUGCAUCUGGGGCACCUCAAGAAUCUCAGGGUGCGGAGCAGUGGGGGAACAGAGUUCUUCACACGGUCAGCUACCAAGUUCAAGGGGGCCCUGGCCCAGAAGUUCAUGUUCGUGGAUGGAGACCGGGCCAUCUGUGGCUCCUACAGCUUCACGUGGUCGGCUGCAAGGACGGACCGGAACGUGAUCUCCGUGCUAUCCGGCCAGGUGGUGGAGAUGUUUGACCGGCAGUUCCAGGAGCUGUACCUCAUGUCCCAUGGCGUCAGCCUCAAGGGCAUCCCCAUGGAGAAGGAGCCAGAGCCAGACCCCGUCGUGCUGCCCUCCGUGGUACCGCUGGUGCCCUCAGGCACCGUAGCCAAGAAGCUAGUCAACCCCAAGUACGCGCUGGUCAAGGCCAAGAGCGCCGACGAAAUCGCCAAGACCUCCUCUGAGAAGCAGGAGGUGAAGAAGCCCCCUGGGCUGCGGGGCGCUGCACUGGCUGAGCGGCCCGGAGACCUCCCGGAGGCACCCCCGCCCGUCCACCCUGGGCUGCUCCACCUGGAACGAGCCAACAUGUUCGAAUACCUGCCCACGUGGGUGGAGCCGGACCCGGAGCCCGGCAGUGACAUCCUGGGCUACAUCAAUAUCAUUGACCCGAACAUCUGGAACCCCCAGCCCAGCCAGAUGAACCGCAUCAAGAUCCGAGACACAUCCCAGGCUGGCACCCAACUGUGGAGGCAAAGCCAGGACUGCAGCCCCGCCCCCGGGCCCAGUACCCCCCAGGACGGGGCCCUGGCUGAGAAUGGCCUUUCCCAGGGGGACCCCGAGCCACAGCCCCCCGUGCCCAAGCCCCGGACGGUCCCUGUGGCAGACCUACUUGCCCAGGACAACGGCGGUGUUGACUGGGCCCUGGAGACCCCAGCAGAGAAGAUGCCCCAGAAUGGGACAGACCACGCACCCGCCCGGACACAGAGCUCAGGCCAUGCCCCACUCCAGAGGCAGCUGUCUUUGAUGACCCAGGAUGACCCUGGUGGCCAGGGAACAGCGAUCCCCAACGGGCUAGAUGGGGAGGAGGAUGAAGAUGAUGAUGACUAUGUGACCCUCAGUGACCAGGACAGCCUCUCAGGCAGCUCUGGCCACGGCCCUGGCCCCCAGCGGCCCUCGGCGGCCUCCUCUUCUGUGUCAGACGAGUAUUUUGAGGUGAGGGGGCGCUCGGUUCCUCUCCAGAGGCGCCACUCAGAGAAGGUAGCCAACGGGCCAGCCCAGACCCCCCGCCGACAGCUGAGUGCUCCCCACAUGACCCGAGGGACCUUUGGUGGACCCCUGGGUGGUUUGCCGUGGGCCCCAGGUCGGGAGAGAGAAGAGGCAGCUACACCGAGGAGGACACAGGCUCCGCAUUCCAUGGACAAGGAGACACAGGGCCAGCAGAGCCCCCACUACAGAGUCCCUGUCUCGGGGACAAGGGAUAAAGAUGGCUUCCUGCGGCCGAUGAGGACCUCGGGACCCCUGCGGUACCGCCCUGCUGCUGACGGCGCCCAGAGCUCGGCCAGGAAAGCGGGCCCCGCCGUGGCAAGCCCAUACCCCUGGCAGGUCAAGGGUGGCCCCAUGCCCCGCACGCUGGCAGAUCCUGGGACCCCAAGGCCGGCCCGAAAUGCCAGCCCCCAGGCGGAUGGUAGAGUCCCUGAGGAGCACCCAAGUCCUUUUGGAAUCCCGUACUCCAAACUGUCCCAGUCGAAGCACCUCAAGGCCAGGACGGGCAGUGGCCAGUGGGCCUCCUCUGAUUCUAAACGGAGGCCUCAGGCCCCCCGGGACCACAAGGACCCCUAGCAUCCUGUCCCUGGGCCUGGGGCCAUGCGGUCCGUGGCCUCUGCCCCAGCCCAGACUCACCAAGCAGGUGUUUGCGGGGCUGCUCCAGGGAUUGGCAGAUGGACCGCCCGGACCAGAGCCCACCCCAGAA